AUGAUAGCCGAGCCACGUGCUGCUUGGUUGGCUGUACGGCGCGUUUUUUCUGGCGUUACUAUCAAGGGUUGUGUGUUUCACUGGACACAGGCUGUUUGGCGAAAAGUCCAGGACCUUGGGUUAGUAACCACGUACAGACGUCGACAGGCACUGUACAACUACAUGAGGCAGCUGAUGGCGUUGCCCUUCCUACCAGCUGCACACAUACGGGAGACGUUUGCAGCGUUGAGAGACCGCGCGAACACUCCGCAGCUCGAUUCCCUCGUGACAUACAUGGAUCGUCAGUGGUUCCAGCACGUGCUGUUCAAUCCUGAAAACUGGUCCAUAUUUAGACGUUCAGUACGGACAAACAAUGAUGUCGAAGGUUGGCACCACAAGCUGAACACUACCGUUAGAUAUGGUGGCUGCUCCAUCUACGUUCUUGUACCAACCUUGAUGACUGAGGCAGAGAUCGUCGCUAUCGCAGUAGCUGCCGACGACCUGGAUCGUGAUGUCGCAACCAAAUACACCAAAUUGGAGGAAAAGAUACAAUCCCUGUGGGACAAAUACAUGGGGAAUGAAGUAUCCACAACACAUUUCUUUAAGUCCGUGUCCAGAUUGUACGGGCCGUCCGACGACAUGACGGCAGACUCAGUUGUGGGAUUGUCUGGGGAGUGAAGUGGAUAGUGUUAUCAAACAGACGAUGAAGUCUGUUACGGACAUUAAAAUAAGCAAAACUAAAAAAAAACUGUUGUAAAAUACAAAGUUUAUAUCGACUGAUUGUGUGUGUAUUCUACCACAUUGUAUUCAAUGUAAUUUUGAUGUGAUUUGCUAAGUUGUUUUAUGUUAGGUAAAAUAAGAUGUAUGUCAAAUUAGUGUAUAUGUGUGCUUCGACACUGGAUUGAAUGUUUUGUUUAUUAAUAAAUAUAAAAUGAAAUCUGUAUUUCGAUGUGAUUUUCUCAGUUGUUUUAUGUUAGAUAAAAUAAAAUGUAUGUCAAAUUAUUGUGUAUG